UUGCUUGUUCUGAGAGGGGAGAAUAGUCCCUGUUGCUCCUCUGGGGCUGGUUCCCUGGGAAGUGCCACCCCUGGCCAGGUGGCAGUGUGCAGCCCGUGCUGUUGACUGGCCCAGCUGUAGGCCAGGCACACACUGCCCCAUUGUACUGUGCUUUCCAACACAGCCCUUGUCAUAGCCUGUAAUCCUUGGGCUGCUUCUCUCCCAGCCCCUCAGAGCCUGUGGGAGGUGGUGGGAUGGACUCUGCUGGCACCGGUGCGGGAUGGGUUGCAGCUGCAGCUGUGGGUGGCUUUGUUCUUACAGCCUAGCUUUCAGAUUCCUGGUGCAGCCUGGCAGCAGUGUUUGGGGAACAGGCGAGAUAGAGGAGCUGAGCCCCUUCUCCAACAGCCGUCCUCUCUUUCUGUUGACCAACCAGAGAGGCUUUUUGCCUGAGGUCAGCAAGCUGGCCUCCCUGGUUGGCAGGGGGAGUGCUUGGCUUCCAUCUGGCAUGGUUUCCGGAUGGGAGAAAGCCCCUGAGGGUCUGGUGCUCCGGAGUUGGGCUGCUCACAAACCAAGCUGUCUGUUUAUAUGGAGUGCCUGCAGGGCGUCUGCCAUGAGUCUGUCGCUAACCGCACUAACCAGGAGAGCUGGCUGGUUGGGGAGAAGACACUAACCCUGAGCUGUUGGCUAAAGGAAGUGGAGGGGCCGUGGGAUGAGGAGAGCCGAGGGCUAACUCCCGGACAGCGGAACAGAGAGAGCUGCCGACAAACAGACGCAGGCAGAGGAGCCGUCACCUCCCAGAAUGACUAGUGCCGCCCCUGCUAAGAAACCCUACCGUAAGGCACCACCAGAGCAUCGGGAGCUGCGUUUGGAAAUUCCUGGAUCCCGGCUUGAGCAGGAGGAACCCCUGACUGAUGCAGAAAGGAUGAAGCUCUUACAGCAGGAGAAUGAAGAGCUUCGCCGGCGCCUGGCCUCCGCCACCAGACGCACUGAGGCCCUGGAACGUGAGCUGGAAAUUGGGCAGGACUGCCUGGAGCUGGAGCUGGGCCAGAGCCGCGAGGAGCUGGACAAAUUUAAGGAUAAGUUCCGCAGGCUGCAGAACAGCUAUACGGCUUCCCAGCGGACCAACCAGGAGUUGGAGGACAAGCUGCACACACUGGCCUCUCUUAGCCACAGCUGGAUUUUUGCAAUCAAGAAGGCUGAGAUGGAUAGGAAGACGCUGGACUGGGAGAUUGUGGAGCUGACCAACAAGCUGCUGGAUGCCAAGAACACCAUCAACAAGCUGGAAGAGCUCAACGAGCGGUACCGGCUGGACUGCAACCUGGCUGUACAGCUCCUCAAGUGCAACAAGUCCCACUUCCGAAACCACAAGUUUGCCGAUCUGCCCUGUGAGCUACAGGACAUGGUUCGGAAACAUUUGCACAGUGGUCAAGAGGCCGCCAGCCCAGGUCCUGCUCCCAGCCUAGCCCCAGGGGCUGUGGUGCCUACCUCAGUCAUUGCCCGAGUGUUAGAGAAGCCGGAGUCUCUACUGCUCAAUUCAGCCCAGUCAGGCAGCGCCGGGCGCCCCUUGGCUGAGGAUGUCUUUGUGCAUGUGGACAUGAGUGAGGGUGUCCCAGGUGAUCCAGCCAGUCCCCCGGCCCCUGGCAGCCCCACCCCACAACCCAAUGGGGAGUGCCACUCUCUGGGUACUGCCAGGGGCUCCCCGGAGGAAGAGCUGCCCCUGCCAGCCUUUGAGAAGCUGAACCCCUACCCAACCCCGUCUCCACCACACCCACUGUAUCCUGGCCGCAGGGUAAUAGAGUUCUCUGAGGAUAAGGUUCGGAUCCCCCGCAACAGCCCCCUGCCCAACUGCACUUACGCUACCCGCCAGGCCAUUUCCCUGAGCCUGGUAGAGGAGGGGAGUGAGCGGGCCCGCCCCAGCCCAGUGCCCAGCACCCCUGCCUCAGCCCAGGCCUCACCCCACCACCAGCCCAGCCCAGCGCCCCUAACAGUCAGUGCCCCAGCUAGCUCUGCCAGCUCUGAAGAGGACCUGCUGGUCAGCUGGCAGCGGGCAUUUGUGGACCGUACUCCACCACCUGCUGCUGUGGCCCAGCGCACAGCCUUUGGACGCGAUGCCCUCCCUGAGCUGCAGCGCCAUUUUGCCCAUAGCCCCGCUGACAGAGAUGAGGUGGUCCAGGCACCUUCUGCCCGACCCGAAGAGAGUGAGCUUUUGCUACCCACAGAACCUGACUCUGGCUUUCCCAGGGAGGAAGAAGAGCUGAACCUGCCUAUCAGUCCUGAGGAAGAGCGCCAGAGCCUGCUGCCCAUUAACAGUGGCACAGAGGAGGGGCCAGGCACUUCCCACACCGAGGGCAGGGCCUGGCCACUCCCCAGCUCCAGUCGCCCCCAGCGCAGCCCCAAGAGGAUGGGGGUUCACCACCUGCACCGCAAGGACAGCCUGACCCAGGCCCAGGAGCAGGGCAACCUGCUCAACUAGGGCCCCUGCUGGCCUUCCUGCCAUUGCUGCACCAGGACUGCAAGGAGUCCCCACACCUUGGCAGCUCAGGGUCCCCAGUCCAAGCCCUUGACCUCUCCUCUAUCCAGACCCGCACAGCUGUUUCCUGUGUGGAUGGGGUCAGGUUGUGGGCCAUGCCAGGCCUGUCAGCUGCGUUGACUGACUGCGGCAGCUUGCCUCAUGGUUUUCCCCUUUUCUUAGAAUAUUUAUUCUUCAGAGGUAACAUGCAGUUGGGUCUCAAGACCUUUCCUCCAAUCAGCCCAACCCAGCCCAGACUGGGCUUUUCUGGGGAGCUGAGGAGUUUAUCAGUAUUCAUCUUCCAUCCUCCUUUCAUAGUCACAAGUUUUGUUAUUUUGUUUUUUUUGGGGGGUGAUGGUGUAAUUGUUAACCUCAUUUCUGUUUCCUACCUGUUUGCUUUCCCCCCCAGUCCUCCGCAUGAGCUGUUGCCCUCCAGGGGCCUGGCACAGCUGGCCUUGGGGAUGAGGGAGAGGACUGAUUCAGGGCCCCCUCAGCUGUCUCCUCCCUCCCUCUGGAAAGGAGGGUGGGGCUCAGGGGCCUCAAGCUGGGCUCUGUGUGAGGCCUGGCCCCCACUCCCAACCUUGGCUCUAGACUGUUACUCUUAAGCUUUGGGAAAUUUUCACAUUGAUGACUAUUUUAAAAUCAAAUAAAACUAUUUUACUGGUA